UCGCCGCCUCCCCGGGCGAGAGCAGGGCAGCCCCGGCGCGGCUUUAACCGGUGAACGGGGGCGGGAUGCAAGGUGGGCGGCGGUGGCGGUCUCCCCUCUAUGGAGGGGUUGCUUCCCGGGACACCCCCCUUGGCCGGGCGGCGGCGAGGACGGAGAACGCACUGCAGCCCGCCGACGCCUCCGCCAGGCCACACACUGCCAUAACCGGGCCGCGCCGCCCGGCAGCUGCCGAGCGGAGCCGCUAGGGGGCGCAGCGCCGCCCGCCCCGCGCCUGCGCGGACUGUACCACCUCCCCCGGAACCCCGCCGGCCUCGCUUGGUUCUGGCGGCGGCUCGGUGCGGCGGUGAGGCUGGCCAGGGCCAGGCCCGGGCCCGGAGCGGCGGGCGGCCAUGGCGGCGGCGGGCAGCGGCGCCUCCGGGAGCGGCAUGGCGCAGAAGACGUGGGAGCUGGCCAACAACAUGCAGGAGGCGCAGAGCAUCGACGAGAUCUACAAGUACGACCGCAAGCAGCAGCAGGAGAUCCUGGCAGCCAAGCCCUGGACCAAAGACCACCAUUAUUUCAAGUACUGCAAGAUCUCGGCGCUGGCGCUCCUGAAGAUGGUCAUGCACGCCAGGUCCGGGGGCAACCUGGAGGUGAUGGGGCUUAUGCUGGGCAAGGUGGACGGGGAGACCAUGAUCAUCAUGGAUAGCUUCGCCCUGCCGGUGGAGGGCACUGAGACUCGCGUCAACGCUCAGGCGGCAGCCUACGAGUACAUGGCUGCCUACAUUGAGAACGCGAAGCAGGUUGGUCGUCUAGAAAAUGCAAUUGGUUGGUAUCACAGUCACCCUGGCUAUGGCUGCUGGCUCUCUGGGAUCGACGUCAGUACCCAGAUGCUAAAUCAGCAAUUUCAAGAACCCUUUGUAGCAGUGGUUAUUGAUCCAACAAGAACAAUAUCUGCAGGAAAAGUAAAUCUUGGAGCAUUUAGGACGUAUCCUAAGGGGUAUAAACCUCCAGAUGAAGGUCCCUCUGAAUACCAGACUAUUCCACUUAAUAAAAUAGAAGACUUUGGUGUACAUUGUAAACAGUAUUAUGCUUUAGAAGUCUCAUACUUUAAAUCAUCUUUGGAUCGUAAAUUGCUUGAGCUUUUGUGGAACAAGUACUGGGUGAAUACUCUCAGUUCUUCUAGUUUGCUUACUAAUGCUGACUAUACCACUGGCCAAGUCUUCGAUUUGUCUGAAAAAUUAGAGCAGUCGGAAGCUCAGCUUGGAAGGGGUAGUUUUAUGCUGGGUUUAGAGACUCACGAUAAGAAAUCAGAAGACAAACUUGCAAAAGCAACAAGAGACAGCUGCAAGACCACCAUAGAAGCUAUACAUGGAUUGAUGUCUCAGGUUAUUAAGGAUAAACUUUUUAAUCAAAUUAAUAUAGCUUGAAGUGCAUCACCAGCUGAUAUGCAUCUCUAGAGCAGAAAAAGUCAUGGUUUCUUUCGCUUGGACUUGUUGAAUUUGGGAAAUGAAGCUGGAGUGGAAAAUUAUUCAUUUAAUUUGUAGUACUUUUAAUAUUUCCCACCUGUCUGACCAGUUUUAAAGAACAAAAUGUUCUGAAAUGUAGUGCGACUUGUUGUUCUUUUUAUGAUAAAACACAACCACUUUAGAGAAUUGUUCCAAAAGAAAAAUAAAUGUGACUUACUGGAUUUUGCUCUUAGGUAUUUAUCUCUAUUAUCCACCUGCAAUAAAACAAUUUUGAAAAUGA